AUGCCGAAGGACGCUCUGGACAGACGGAUAGUUCCAGAGCAGUUGUUAGCAACGCUGGCGCGCCAACAAGCCCGCGUUGAGGUCUGGUUAUUCGAAAACACCAGAUACUCUCUGGAAGGCACCUUGCGCGGCUUCGACGAACACACCAAUCUAGUUCUGGUCGACACCGUGGAGCAGUGGGGAAGUACUGCAAAGCAUAAGCGGCGGACGGUUGCUCUAGGGACGAUCCUCCUCAAAGGCGAAAACGUCGUCCUCGUUCGGUCGCUGGGGAUGCCAACCCAGCGAAAAGAGGUCACGCACAGCGCGACUCGGGAGUGA